GCUGCCUGCUCUGCCUUCACCCCUUCGCCAUUUUCCCGACGAUGGCGACGGUGGACUCGUUGCAUUGAGUUGUGGUGGCCCGAUCGCUUGCGUACCUCGGUCUCUAGAACGCUUAGAUCAUCCUGUCGCGUUCUAAUGCCGAGAUGGUGCGGCACUGUGCGGUAGAGGACUGCGGCAACCUCCUGAUUCGGUGCGGAAAACCUAUUCACCAGUUCCCAAAGGACGAACAACUUCGUGCGCUUUGGAUCCGGCUCGCACGACCGUCCUCCCCGGCGUGGCUUCCAACUACGAGUGAUCGCUUGUGUUCCUAUCACUUUCGUGAUGAGGACUACGUGCGAAGCCCCAGGGUGAUGGAGUCCUUGGGCUUCCCGGUGAGGAACGUACAACUCAAACCAGGAGUUUUGCCCCGUUUAUUUUCAAAGAAGCGGAGAUCUGGCGAGCGCAGCGAACCCCUUGACAAGCGACGCAGAGUGGUACGUUUGGUGCGUUGGUUUCCAUUCUGCGUCCACCUGUGGCCUCCCCCACCUCUCUGAUAUGGACUGACGACGCCCGCACCCAGACAGCAGCCUUGAGAGCAAUGACUGCUGCUAGACAUCCUGUGUUUUCAGCAUCGUCACGUUACGAGACACGGUCCGUGAUGACGCAGACAACAGGCUUCGGCAGAAACGCAGGUACACAAGCAUGUAUACCAUCGAGGAACAAGAAAGUGCAGACGGAGCUUUCUGGAAUUAUGCCGCAGACCUCUUCCUCGUCAAACUGUGGUGAUCCAGAACAGAGUUCUGAUUCAGAAGACCUGGGUGUAUCAGGGAAGCAGCCACUGGAAAGAGAUGACCCUACGUAUUGUCCACCAGAGGACAGCUCUGUUAGGCUUGAGAGGGAAACACCAUCUUUGGUAAAGGAGAGGAAAUUCAUUGUAUUCGAGUCUUGCCUUGACCUUCUCCUGGGGAAGUGCCAAGUAUGUGCUGCUCCCCUGAUCCACGUGGACAAGAGUGUCGUUGGCUGCAGCCUGCAAGUCUACUCAAUUUGUCGGAGUGGACACGUGAAUGACUGGUGCAGCCAGCCCAUCAUCAAGCGGAAGCCGGUGGGGAGUAUCCUAAUGGCUGCGGCAAUCCUGUUCAGUGGCAGCUGCGUAAAGAAGACACUCAGAACACUCACCAGCAUGGGGAUUGUCUGUUUCUCCUAUGGCACCUUCUUCAACAUCCAGAAGGCCUUUCUCCUGCCCUCAAUCGAAAAGGUCUGGAACAAGCAUCAGAACGAGUUGUUCGCAGCUGCUGCAGGCAGGCACCUCACCAUCGCCGCUGACGGGAGAGCAGACUCACCUGGCCACUCGGCCAAGUAUGGCUCCUACACGAUGCUUGAUGCCGAUGACAACAAGGUCAUUCACGUUGAAACCGUCCAGUCCAAUGAAACUGGGGGCAGCUAUCAUAUGGAGCUGGAAGGCCUCAAGAGGUCCCUCAGCAUUUUUGAGGCCCACUCGUUGAUUGUGGCCAUCCUGGUAACCGACCGGCAUCCCCAGCUCAAUGCUUGGCUGGGACGAGAACACCCAGAUAUCUGCCACCUUUUUGAUUGCUGGCAUGUGGGGAAGGGCAUCAAGAAAAAGCUGGCUGCAGCUGCCAAGUCACGGCAUUUAGAGGAGCUCGGGUCUUGGACAAGGGCAGUGGUGAACCAUCUGUACUGGUGUGCUGGGUCAAGUGUCGACAACCAGGACCUCAUCCUGCCAAAAUGGAAGUCUCUGGUGGCACACGUAGUGGGUGUGCAUACCCACGCUGACCCUCUCUUCCCAGAGUGUGAGCAUGAGGAGCUAGAGAAAAAGUGGCUAGCAGAAGGGUCCCCUGCGCACCAGAAGCUGGUGGAGAUCGUGCUCUCCACUCACCUGCUUCGCGACAUUCCUCGACUGUCCACAUCGGCGCAGACAUUUGCAACAGAGUGCUUUCAUAGUACUCUGUUGCAGUUUGCGCCGAAGCAGGUCCACUUCAGCUUCCGAAGCAUGAAGGCCAGGACCUACCUCGCUGCCCUCCAUUACAACGAAAAUGCGGGAAGGCCCCAAGCGGUGACCAAGAAAGGAGAGAAGAUGUGGGUCAUCAAGUAUCCAAAAGCAAAGAAAGGACCCACUGUUGCUAAGCGCAAGACUGACUGCACCUAUGGUAUAUGCCCGUGCUCAUAUUUGUACGUGGCUGGUGCAGAUUUUUUAAUUGCUUUGAAUGUCUCAUUACAGAGUAUGUGGGGGAGCUCAUGGCAGUUGUGCUGCACCUCUGCUCAACGCUGCCAUCCUACAAGGCUGCAGCUGCCCUCUGCAACCAGGAUGCACCUCCAUUUCUUUCUAGUGCGUAUCAGCAUGGAGAUAAACAGGCAUUGGUGCAACAGCACUGCUCUAGGUUUACUCGGUAGUCUGAUGUAGGCCAAGGUUCCACUUGCUUGAUGCAGCUUCUUGCGCUACGCUCCAGCUUUUUCACUUCACCGUGUUUGACCGUUCGGAAAACCUCAGCAAGAAUGGGAUCCACUGCUGUGUUGUCGGCCAGUUCCUUUUCAGUCAUGGGAGGUUUCGUCGGGGCUUCUAACAUCAGUACGUUGCCUGAAGGAUGUUGCUCAUUGUCAGUCUCGGGCAAUGGUAGUCUGCCUAAAGCAUCAGCGUUUUAAUUUCGCUUUCCUGGUCUAGAGAUUAGGUUAUAAUCAUAGGCUCCCAGCUUAACACACCAGCAUGUCCUACUUGGUGAAAGCACAGUCGGUACUGGGGACUCCUGUCCUAUGAUGCCCAACAGUGGUUGGUGGUCAGUCGUUAUGGUCACGUGAUGCGCCGCAACGUAGCGAUGAAAACGGUCCAUGGCGAAUAUAAUAGCCAGCCUUUUACGAUCCAAUUGGGAGUAAUUCUUUUCACGUGACGCCUUGCGACGUAGUGAUGAAAACGGUGUAUGGCAAAGAUAGUAGCCAGCCCCUCACAAUCCAGUUAGAAGAAAUCCUUUUCGACCUUAAUGAGCAUUCUUGAUGUAAAGACGAUCGGUGUUUUGUUUCUAUCUGAAUCUAGCUGAGCUAAUACUGCCUCGAUGCCGUAGAGGGUUGCGUCACAUGACACGCUCAAGCUUUUGUUUUUAUCGUAGUGUGCGAGAACUGCACGCUGUGCAAUAACAUACUUUAACUGUCUAAAGGCUCGCCAAUUUGUUUCCUGCCAUUCACCGGGGACGUCUUUCUCUAGAAAUAUGUAGAGGUCUUUCGUGAUUGUUGCCCUGUUUGCCAAAAACCGAUCGAAAAACGCUAGAAGACGAAGAAACGACUGCAGCAUUGUUUGGCAUGUUGGUUCGGGCAUCUCUUUGGUCGCUUUCAGUUUCUCCUCUGUCGGGUGUAUCCCGGCAGUAUCGAUGAUGUAUCCGAGGUAUACAACUUGUUCCACUGCAAAACGUAACUUGCACCUCUUGAGUUGAAGUCCAGCCUGAGCAAGUCGCAUCAAAACUGUAUCCAGUUGAGUCAUGUUCUGCUGCGGUCGUACCGCUGAUAGCGUCAUCGAGGUAUACCCCGAUCCGCGGGAUUUUAGGUAGUACUGCUUUCAUGAAUCGAUAGAAAAUCGCUGGUGUUGGCGGCGAUCCCAAAUGGCAUUCUUUUUACCCUGUAGAGGCCUUUUGCAGUGUUAAUGGUUAACACGUCGGCUGUUUCUGUUGUUAACUGUAGUUGUUGAUACGCUUGAGCAAGGUCCAGUGUAGAAAAUACCAACCUGUUUUGCAGAUUGGUUAGGAUUUCUGGAAUCGUCAGCAUAGGGUGCACUGCGGCUUUCGCCUCCUUGUUUACCGUACUUCGGUAGUCUCCACAUAGCCAAAUGGUCCCGCCUUUCUUUCGGACAACUACCACCGGUAUAGCCCACUCUAAGUGCUUUGUCGGUUCGAAAAUACCUUGGUUCUCGAGAGUUUUCAAUUCAACCUCUACUGCGGUACGCAGUGCGAACGGCACGGGCUGUGAUUGGAGGGAAUUGGCAGUAGCGUCCCCUUUUAAAUCAAAGUUUACAGGCGGACCCUUGUGCCCCGUGAUCUUUGCAUCAGAAACAUCCUCAUGUACCUUCAAAAUGUUCACAAUGUUGUUUCUGGUGCCGAGGAGGUGAAUUCCACAGACCCUAAUCUUCAGCUCUUUGAACCAGUCUCUUCCUGAAGACUGGAACUGGUUCCACGUGUCACUACCAACGACAAGAUGUAUUGUUUCAAUCAAUGCCUGACGCAAACAUUCGCCUUUCCAAGUACUUGUAAAAUUUCUCCUGACCAGGUAUGAAGGAUUAUUCCCUCCUGGUUCAGUGAUUGGGGCUUCGUGGGCUACAGAGGACAAUACGUGGCUUCAUUGAUGAUUGAGCAAGCAUCUGUCGAAUUGAUCUCAAAUUCCAGCUCUCGGUUUUCAAUCUCCAGGAUGACCUUAGGCAGCAUUCAGCUCAUGCAGGCUCCAUGACUUGUCCGAAAGAUCAUCAUCAGAAUCAAGGGUCUCAUUGUCCUGUUCCACGUUGUGUGUCAUCCACGCUUGGUGCUGCGCCCUUAACUUCUUGAAACAAGCCUUUUUGACAUGCCCCUUCUUGGGGCAGAGGUUACAUCGUGUAUUUUGGAACUUGCACGAGAACGCCGAAUGCUGUUCUUGGCAUCGGUAGCACGUCUGGGAUUCUGACAGUUUGUUUUGUCUUUCCGUUUCCACAAUUUCAGCAGUAAUAUUGCUUUUUUGACAGCUUAAACCUAAGAUUUUUGGGUUUUCAAAUCUCGUUGAUGUUGUGCAGCACUUUCUGUCCGCACGGCCAUGUCGUAUGCUUUAUGAAACGUUAAGUUGGUCCCUGCAAACAGACUCUGUUGUAGAUGCUCGUCUCUUAUGCCACGAACAAAACAAUCUCAGCCUGACGUCGAGAGGUAGCAUGGUUGGGUUGAAAACUGGUUGACUCACCGGAACUGAAGUUCCAGUUGCUCCCAAGUUGACGGAACCAGCUGUCGUUCCAGUUGUAGCCAAACCCAUGCCUGCGGUACUGGAAGUUGUUGCAGCCGCCUGUGUCACUAGAAUCCCAAAGUUACAAUCAGCAGCUAGCUUCUUUAGGGCUGUCGUGUAGCUGGAAAUUGACUCCCAGGCUGCUGGUCUCUUCGCUGGAACUUCGUUGUGCCGAAGAGCUCCGACGGCUGCGGGUCAAAGCAGCAUCACCAUGAGUUCACCGAAAUUGACACUUCUGGGUGUUCUCGGUGCAGCCAGUGCUCGCACGACUUUGUACGUCUGUGCUCCACAACGUGUAAGCAGUAGGGCCCUUUUCUUUUAAGGAUCUGUUAUUCUGUUCGCCUUGCAGUAGAAGCUGUCUGGUCGAAUUCUUCCAGCUUGCCUUGGGUGGUCAUCCCGCUGUAGUUCUUGGACGUUGACCGACCUCGUCGCUAAAAUGUAAUGUAUCCUGGGUAAAGCCCAAGCACAACACCAAGGAGCGUCCAAACGUUGCUUUUUAAUGGUGCCUCGAAUCCCAAUGCCCGUGCACACGUACCGUGCCCCAGGCCCGUGCUUUUGAAGAGCGCUGGUAAGUGCAUUUGCCUGGCAACGCUAUCUCUUGGCCACCAGCCGAUACAUGACAGAAGCCAGUUCUUGGCCGACUUGCAUCCGAAGAUUUUGUUUAAAGGCUCAAAGUUUCAAUCUUUGCAUGAGGAAAAAGUUGAUCGCCACAUGCAGUAGUAGAGUAAAAAUGUUUCAGGAGCCAAAAGACAAGAAAGGGGGUUAUCGGAGGCUGCUGAUAUUAGCGAGGACAGGGCAGAUGGUAUAGGAAGGAGGUUGGGUUAAAAAAAAAAUCCCAACUUGCCUCAUGAAUAUGAUCAAGAAUGGAACGCAGGAAGUGUUGUUGCUUGUAAGGAGGCCCUCUAGAGGUGGCUCUUUACAGUGCUUGGCUGGUAGUUUGAAGACCAUGGCAUUCUCAAAGGAGGCAUCCGAGACCAAUUGGACUACUGGAAUUUUUACGGAAUUUGCAGACUGGUAGUUGUCCUUCUCAGCUCUACUUUGCUCUUCUCUCGGGUGUGCACGCCAUAUCCUCUGCGAUUCUUCUCAGUAGUACCCUUGCUUGUCUCCCAAGCCACCUGGGAACGAGCCCAUUCAUUGGGAAUGAGACCAUUGGAGACGGAGUUUGCUCUCCGCUUGGUCAUUACGAUUUUCAUCCUCAUCUGCUGCUUGGUCAUCUGGUGGUGAGCAGUCAUAAUCCUGCAGAUGGUGAAAGCCGUGGUGUAUCCUAUGACGAUGAUACAAAAACUAACUAAUUUGCAAAGUGGGUUGGUAUUUUUUACACUGGACCUUACUCAAGCAUAUGAACUACAGUUGCCAGCUGCAUUUUUGUGCCUUGCUUGAAGACUUGAUCACCACAAGUGUUACAAAUCUGGUUUAGACAGUGAUUUCCAAGGUGACUACGUAUCAGCUGUUUAAUAACAAAUGUAAAUUUUCUUACAUUCAUUGGCAAAGAACCACCGCCUUUUCCCACCUCUUUGUUUUGUCCUUCCAGCGAGCAACACUUGCAACUUCAUUUUGGUCAAUCAACCGUUUGAACCCAAUGACUGCCUCGGAAUUCUCGAGUUUCAGGUGCUACUGUGACACUUUGUUUUAUGUUAGUCUGCCUUUUCUGUGGACAAAUGCAGCUUUGCUUUGAAUGGAAGCUCAUAUGCAGGAUAUAUGCGCCAAUUUUGCUGGAGGCUCAAGUUCUUGCUACAAAGAUAUACGAGAAUUUGGAAUUACCAUACAUGUAUUUGUCUACACCUUCGACUUGGUUGCCGGUGUUGCACCAUGCACACGGUGCAGUGCGGUUAAUGCGAAUAAGCUAUCGCUAGUUUUUAACUUCUACUUUUGCAAAUCAAAUGUUUAUCACUAAAACCACUUAUGCAGUAAAUAGGAGCGACUUACCAUAAUAUACCAAGAGACAGCCCACGUAAAACUGAGAGCAUAUUAGGCGAAAAUACAGGGUGGACUAACUUUCAGCGUGCAAAAUUGAGUUCAACUAAAGCCAUUAGGAUAAUAAGAAGUUAUGCUGAAAAUCAGGGUGGGCUAUCUUUUGGGGAUGGGUCUUCUCUUGAGAUAUUAUGGUAGAUGAUAAAACUUAGCUUCUCCCUCUUCACUGCCUGAACAGUCUGAAAAAGCACAGGUGAAGUUCCGCUCUGUUGAAUGAAAAAUGCAUUAUAAUCAGGAAAACUUAACUGUUCACGUUGUCGUACCUACUAGUCAUUAACGACCUCGCAAGCCAUUCUUAGGUUCAUAGGUUGCAACCUAUUGCUAAACUUACGAGCCUAGAGCUUGGUGACAUUUGCUGUCUUUUAUUGAUGAAGGUGUCUUUGAAGGGCUGGACAAAACAUGCCGUAAACGAGUCCUUCAGGUGGCCAAUACUUUUUUUAUUUUUUGAACCCCCUGUAUGUCCCAUCUGUGGACGGGAAUUCUUGCCGAAUCUGACAGACGACGCAGCUGGGCAGCACCACUCGGUUUCCCCGCCCCAGCCUCUUGUGCACCCACCAGGUGAACUGGUGGUAUGCCGUGUAGCGGUACUUCCUGUAAUGAGAUGAGGUGGCAGAAACCAGCGUUGAACUCUGAGCAAAGAGGGAAAAGCUAAUCACUAUUUGCUUCUGACCUUUUCUACUAUGCGUUUGUAUAGUGUCAACAAUCUCCAAUGACAUCUCGCAGUUUACAUCAUUACUGUCCUGUAGCAUGGGGAACUUCUAACAACAUUUUGUAUGCAGAAGGAUUUUAAUUAUAUUUAAUACUGCUUGAACAAGUGUAUCUUCACUGUUUGUUGGCAUUUAGUUUUUCGGGCUUUUCAUUGCAGUAUCGAUAUUUAUGUUGUGGUCUAUAGACAAUUGUGCGGUUUCACGGUAACGAGAUUGUCAUUGUAGGAAAGAGCAAUAAACUUUUUUUGGUGGAAUUCUGAAA